UUUCAUCACCUCUCCGAGCGCUGCAUCCAUCCCUCUGCUCUCGCGGCGCCUGGGCCUACCUCGCCUCGGGCUCUGAGGCCAGCGAUGCACUCGCGGCCGAGCUAGAUCUCCGAAGCCUCGGAGGGGCGUCCCAUCCCGCCGCCUCCGGCCCGGAUAAAGGAGAUCUGCCGAGCCGCGGCUAUGGAGGCCAUCUGGCUGUACCAGUUCCGGCUCAUUGUCAUCGGGGAUUCCACAGUGGGCAAGUCCUGCCUUAUCCGCCGCUUCACCGAAGGCCGCUUUGCCCAGGUUUCGGACCCCACCGUGGGGGUGGAUUUCUUCUCCCGCCUGGUGGAGAUCGAGCCGGGGAAACGCAUCAAGCUCCAGAUCUGGGAUACCGCGGGUCAAGAGAGGUUCAGAUCCAUCACUCGAGCCUACUACAGGAACUCAGUAGGUGGUCUUCUUUUAUUUGACAUUACCAACCGCAGGUCCUUCCAGAAUGUCCAUGAAUGGUUAGAAGAGACCAAAGUACAUGUUCAGCCCUACCAAAUUGUAUUUGUUCUGGUGGGUCACAAGUGUGACCUGGAUACACAGAGGCAAGUGACUCGACACGAGGCAGAGAAACUGGCUGCUGCAUACGGUAUGAAGUACAUUGAAACGUCUGCCCGAGAUGCCAUUAAUGUGGAGAAAGCCUUCACAGACCUGACAAGAGACAUAUAUGAGCUGGUGAAAAGGGGGGAGAUUACAAUCCAGGAGGGCUGGGAAGGGGUAAAGAGUGGAUUUGUACCAAACGUAGUUCACUCGUCAGAAGAGGUUGUCAAAUCAGAGAGGAGAUGUUUGUGCUAGUCAGGCCUCUUAGUUCUAAAACAUGCUCUCCCGCCUGAACUUAAAAGUAAUUGAAGCAAAUAGAAUCCUUGUGUGACUAAGAGAACUCAAACUCCAUUUGGAUACCAACAGAAUGCCAAGUGAGACUCCUUCCCAGGGGAGACUCUGACAGGCCUGUGUGUGGGUGGAUGGUAGGACCUGAGCACUAUGAGGGACUGUUUUUUGGCCCUUGUUGGGCAGUGGCCCUGUGUGCCCUUUGUGGACCACAUAUUAAGGCGCUAGGGUUUGGGGAGCUAGGCCCCAGAAAAAUACACCUACAGGCAGGACAACUGUUUGUUGGCAUUUCAGCUCAUUAAUAGGUCUCAAACAUAAAGAACUAUGUAAAGGAGGGGGAAAGUAUCACAUUGGAAACAAUACUAUAACUAAAAACGACUAUAACGUCAACCUAUUCACUGAGAAUAACCUACAUAAUAUACGUGUGCUGGGUUUGGCUGAAAGAUACCAAUUAGCUUCCAAACAGUCACCUAUAAAAUAAGGGGCAUGGACUACCUAUUUGCCGAGGCCCUUUCAAGUUCUAGGGUACUAGUAAAAAUGAUGCCAAUAGGAAAAGGGAGGCCGUUUACACACUGUUACAUAUAAUUCAAGCAAGUGUUCACUCUUGGAAUAGAAUAACCACCUGAAAGAGGAAAAAAAUUGUCCCAUGCAAAUUACUGUAUAAGUAGAAGGGAGAAACACUGUAACCUAAAUGCCAUACAUUCUUCCCCUCUGGUCGCGCCUGAGGUUUCACUGCAUUGGCGACUGCAAUCUGGGAGUACACAGCCUGCCUGCUUCUUUAGGCACCUGGCAGCAACAACACAGGGAUUGCCUCUGAAAAUAGCCCUGAGACAAACCUUCUUUCAUCAACUGUGUACUGAGUACCUGCUAAAGAGGAGGUGCUGUAAAUCUUACUCUUUACAGUUUACAUCGCAAUCUCACGUGCGUUACCUUAUUUUAUCAUCACAACAGGCCUCUGAGGUUACUAGCCCCAUUUUACAGGUGGGUCAGCUAAGAGCCAGGAGACUUGCUUGGCCAAGCUCAAGAUCUUGACUCCUAGUUUCUGUUCUUUUCACUGCAUCAUCUUGCUGUCAGAUGAACAAACUAUUUUUUAAAUUGUUUGCUUUGGAAGAGAUAUGACUAUAAAUAAAUAUUCUCUAUGUGAUAGGAUAUGUUUUUCUUAUUGAUUGCAACUCAGCUAUAAUCCUGAGAGAACCUGGGGAUGAAUCAAAGGUAAGGCCCAUUCAGGUAUUAUUGAUAAGAGGGCUUUGAACAAGUGAGUCAUUGCACAACUGAAAACACAUUGGAAUUGUGUGGGCACUUUUAUAAGUGUUCUUAUCACUGAAACACAACGAACAUUUUAUUGAAAGGAACCAAAUACAGCAAUGAGUGGGUUGGGGAUAAAAUACUCACCUUACGAUGACCCUGGCCACCUGUUUGCCGAAUAUGUACACUGGGUUCCUGUCUGCCCUAGAGAGUCAGCUCUUAAUUCUCACGUGAACAGAUAACUGCUUCAGAAAAUUGGAAUGGCUAGUUUGAAAAAUUCCAUUAUUUUUUGGAUUGUAGCCAGUUCAGCAAGGCAAAAGCCAUACUUUUCACAGCAAAAAAAACUAUCCUGAUUAGAGUCAGGUUUUUCAUAUCCAUUGUGAUAGGAAAGCCUGAGAAUGGCAAAUUACUCUGAGAGAUAGUAUUGAACUUUAGUAUGAAUGUGACUGAAAGUUUAGGAAUUUCCUUCAGCCAGAAUAAAGAAGCCAAAUAAUGACAAUGAUGGAAAACUAUCCUGCCGCCUGUGCCCCAAGUUGGGUGACCAAACUUUCUUGGACUGAUUCACAGUUACCAACUGCAAGUGAACUAAUCGUCAUCUUCACAUUCAUUUCACACCAUUUGGCCUGGACAGGGUAAUUAAGUUGCCAGCUUCAUGGGUGUAGAAGACAAAUAAAAGAUGGCAAAUUGGGUUAACAGAAAAUGUCAUCAACUACUAUACUUAAUUAUGUUUAGAAGAUUCUGAAAGCAAGAUUAUCCAGUGGAUAAAUGACAGUUGACUGGAUUCUGUCAGUUCAAAAAAGGAUAGAAACAAAACUUCUCUAUGGUUUUCUUGACUAAAAUAUAUCAUGUGUAUACUUUUCCCAUUCCUUACAUUUUUUAGGCAGGUUUAAAAAUACACAGCAUAGAUCCAGCAGAGGUGGCUGACCCUAAUUGAUUAAACAAGUUCCACAAACUUUAAAAAUCAUUUUAGUAGAAUCCAGUGCUGUUGUCACUGCAAUAAGUGGGUUUUAGAAAAUAAGUGUGAAAAAAUCAGGUGUUAAUAUAAUACUAAGGAUGAAGCUUUAGAAGCUAUUUUACUACUUAGGUAAAGAAAAGAUUAACUUGUAACAAAGACCACAACUGCAUGUUGGAUUAGAUUGUCUCAUAUUCCAGAAUAAAAUGUACUGUAUACUUUUCCUCACUUUGUUGCGCGUUAUAACGAUAUGUGAAAAAAAAUGCUUUACUUAGCUGUAUGUGAAUGAAAACAUGCUUGUGUUUAGUAAAAUGGUUGAUUACGUGACUGUCAGAUUCCAAGUGUGUGUUGUAGCUAUUUCCAAAGUCUGGCACUACAGCAUAUCAGCUACUACAAAGGAGAUCACUAAUAUACGAUAUUUACUAUGCACAACAGUAUUCAAAGCCAGAAAGAGAAUACCAUUUUUUAAAGUUAGACGAUGAUCAUGUUGAAAGUCACAGAGGCCUCACUAUUUCCUGAGCAGCACAAUUCAAUAUUAGGAAAAGUUAGUUUGGUUAAGGCUAAAUUUGCAUCAUUGCAACUUUUACUGAAGGAUCUUAAUUCUGUCACCAGGUAGUUGACUAUAACUGUUGUCUUCCCAGGAAAGUCUUCUUUUCUCCAGGCUAAAUUACCUCAGCUUUUUCAAAUUCUACAAUGGUGUGCUGUUUGUGUCAGGAUCACUUCAGCUUGUGGGGCUAAGAUUGGAGCACAUUUGUUCAUCCCGUUGCCUAGUGUUCAUAGUACAUAUUUGGGGGAAGGAAAAGAAGGGGAAGAUGUUUGAGUUUGGGUCUGGGCAUAGGUAGGCUGAGCUCCACACAGCUUUAUCACUUUUAUAGUUAUGAAUGAAUGGAAGGGAGGGAGGAGAGGAGGAAGAAAAGAAGGAAGGAAAAAUGAACAAUGUAACAAUAACGAAUCCUAGCACCCCAUUUCUCCACUCUCCUUUAUAGCAAAACUCAAAAGUCCAUACUCUUUGUCUCCAAUUGUGCUUUCAUUCUCUCUUGAACGCUCUCUUAUCAGGCUCUUGCUCACACCACUCCACAGAAAUGUUCUUGUUAAGGUCACCAAUGAUGUCCACAUUGCUAAAUCCAGUGGUCAUUUCUCAGCCUUCUUCUUUGACCAUCAACGGCAUUAGACACAGUCCGUCACUCCCUUCUCCUUAAAAGACUCCCCAGUGCUCAGCCCUCAAUCAUCUUUUCCUCAUUUAUAUUCCCUUUGCGACCUCAUUCAGUCCCAUGGCUGUAAAUACCAUCUAUAAGCCAAUAAGUCGUAAAUUUGUAUCUCCAGGUUGUCUCUCUCCCACAGACUCUAGACCAUCAUAACCAACUGCCCAACAAACAUCUCCAUUUGCAUCACAAAUUUAACAUGUCCCAAACCAGGCUCCUAAUUCUCCUCACCAAAUCUGUUCCUUCUGUAGCUUUCCCCUCCUCAGUAAACGACAACUUUUUUCUCUUUUAUUUUUUGGUUUUCAUAUACACCAAGCACAUUUCCAUCUCAGGGCCUUUGCACUUGC